UUUAAUUGAUUUUCGGUGAAAACAGAAUUCGCUUCACCAAUUAAAUACACACAUAAUUAUAACCGUUGCGUUUUUAUUCGGUGAACUCGCGAAAAUGAUUGCAACAAUCGUAUAUUCAUUCGGAGAAAUAAAAUAUUUUCUGCUAGAAAAUCCUACGCGAACCAUAAAGAAAAUGAUUUAAUAUACUUGGCUGUAAUAAAAUACUUGUGUUGAAAUAGUUGUCUUGCUUGGAAUAAACUAAAUAUUGACACGGUAGUAAAUGUGAAGCUGAAAAAUGUAUGAGGACAAAACGAAAGUCGUUGAAGAAGAUUCGCUUUUCAGGCUCCCUGAUAUUAAGAUUUCUACACCGAAAUAAUUGUCUGUGUUUUUGCUCAUAUUCGGUUCGUUUGUUGUGAAUCGAAUUCGAAACCGAUAGUCCCCUAAUGAUUGUAUUUUUUCAUCAUAGCCAGAAACAUACAACACUAUUAUUAUGGAAGACUUAGAUUACGAUAGUAAGUUUAGAGAGAUGCAAAAAUACAUUCCAUUUUUGGAUCGGGUCAUUGAAAAACUAAAAAAUAGUGACCAAGAUAGGCCACGUAAGGCUCAAUUAGAAAAAAUGCAAACAUUGCAUAGUCUACUCAAUAAUAAAGAAAAAAAGCUAAGAAUUGAAACUUUACUAAAGUGUGAAACGGUUUUAAAGAAACUACACGCUAAAAUUGAUAAGUCUGAUGAUGUCAUCCCGUCAAAGGCGCCUAGCAAUUCGACGACCAAUAGCAUAUCUUCCAAUGCAGCAAAAAAAGUACACACAACUUCAUCUGCAUCCUCUCCUUCUCCAAGUACGAAAAACAAAUUUGUGCCAAAUCACAAUUUAAUUGAAAUAUACACCUGCCCUGCUAGUCCUACACAUUUUGGUGAAGUGGAUUUUCGUCCACCAGUAGAAAUUCCUACCGAACGCCGAUCGUCUCCAGUGAAGGUAGUUUCCAAUAAUCUUUGGAACCAACAAAAAAGUUUGGAAGACACAAUUGAUGCACAACCAAAGCGAACGGGAAUGAUUAGCAGUAGUGCAAGAUUUCCGAAUCGUUCCUCAGAUUCCUAUAACCAGAGUACCACAAACAGCCAUCAAAAAUUCAGUGAUGCACCAAAAAGCAGCCGCUGGUCGGAUCCGAGGGAUCGAAUAAGAGAUAAAUCACCUUCGUCGUCAUCUUCGUCGUCUCCUUUUCACAGACCUGCCUGGUCUUCAACAUCAACUGGUUUCUCGUCGGCAAAUAAAAAUCACCGAUCGCAAGCCCCAAAGAAAAAUGAAUCAAAGUAUAGUUCAGAGGAGGAGAAUUGGGAUGAACCGGGAGACGGGGAGACCAUACCAAAACCCAAGCCAGAUCCAAAACCAACGUCUUCCUCGACGUUAACAUCAUCAUUAUACAGCUCGUAUAAAGACUCCAAAAACGCUCACCAUCAUCGCCAUCAUGAUAAUAAAAGUUACAAGUCCCAGGUCGAGCAUGCACCUCCUGCACCUGUUUUUCCACUUUUGCCAGACGUAAAUAACAGCAAAGAAUAUUUUCAAAACAAAAUAUAUCACGAUACCAUCUAUAAUUAUAAGAAAUCGGAUGAGUAUAACAGUUUCAUGAAUCCUCCGGCACCAGAACCGCGCACCCAAAAACAUUCAUUGAACAACAUAUUCAAUCGUCUAGGCGAUAAAAUGGGUGAUGGCUUCGAGAAUUUCCGAAUUCAAGUAAAAAAUGACAAAAUCAAAUCAAAGUCCCCAUCCAAACAAAGAACACCACCUCCACCGCCACCACCAUUUUUGGUGUCUUCUAAACCUAUAGGCGAUGUUCUUAAAAGUCCUCCUUUAAGUGCAGACGAUAUUGAUGAUUUGCUAAAUGAAUCACUUGAGGCAGCUACAGUAAAGCAAAACAAAGCAAAAUCAUAUGAAUGCAACAAUGAGCAAAAAACACAUUCGUUAGAUGCGGUGAGAAAAAAACUGGCCUUGAUCUCAAGACCGACUUCGCCUGUACGUUUAGAAUCGCCAACAAGGGUAGAAAAUAAAGGUGAUGAACCAUUUUACAGGCGGGGUCAAACCCCAACAAAAAAACAUGGAGCUACUCAACAAAAGAAAGAACUUAUCAACCCUCCACUACCACCAGCAAUCAAAAACCCGCCCUUGCCUUCUCCAAAGUCACCACCAAACGAAAUGGACGCGGUUGUUGAACGAUUGGCUUUAAAAUACCACCCACACAAAAGACGAGAAUCUGUGUCGUUGGAAAGAAAUUUUCAAUUACAGACUGAAAAAACAAACACUCCCCCACAACAACUGAUGGAUUCUAUGGAUGCAUUAGGUAUUAGACCUAAUCAAUCUUCACUCAAAGAGAGCAUGGUAUCUCCUGUGCAUACUGUGGACCCACGGAUAUCUAAAAAGAAUUUAGGACAAAUCCCAUCCCUUAUGUCGUUACCUGCCUCGCCUGUUCCUAAUGUUCUACCCACAAUAAAUCACUUUGAUCCUCGAUUGAGGAACACGCUCCCUUUGAAUAAGGAUCACACCACACCGUUUACAAUACCCAAACCAAUAAAUUACCCCAUUCCAAGUUUGUUGGACCUUCAUAUAAAUAUUCCUAUCGUUCCUCCGUCUUCAUUACCAAAUUAUAAUGUCUUAAGUCCAAAAUCAAAGCCAAAACCAACCAGGGUAGACCCCAGAAUCCAAAUACCAUCAAAAACCUACGCCGAUAAAUUUAAUCCUGAACGUAAUGAUAAAACAGAAAGAAUGAAGUACUUAGAAUCGAAGAGAAACAAACCUCCCGAGCCGAAGACCUAUGGAGAGUAUAGGCAGUCAAAGUGUCGACAACAGCAGCAGGAAGGCGAUGGUAAAACUCUUCUUACAACUGAGUCGUUAUCAUCACCAGUUGCACCUUCAAUUCAAUCGAUGGUGCCAUCGACCCUUGAUAAAAUGUACAGAAGUGCGGAUUAUGGAAAAGACAUAGCUGGAAGCAUACAAGGGUUUAAAAUUCCUAAGAAAACUAAACCAGAAGCACCUAAGAUUUCCGAUCCGAAAAAAGAUGAUCCAGUCGAAGCCAAGUUUGAAGACGAACCACAAAAAGAUGCUAAAUCCCAAGAGGAGCUUGGCAAAAAAUCUGAUGAGGAUCAGUUGGGAGCUUUAACAAAACUAGAAGAGCCCCCAAAACCUAAAGAAAAAUCGAUUGGAAAACCUUCAAAACAAAAUGAUAAAAAUGCUAACAAAAUUCAGGAUGUAGAGCCAAAAACAAAAAUAAUACCAGAUACUAAGAAGAAGAAGGUUAAAACUAAGUCUCGAGUUUCAGAAAAUCCACCAGAGGAAGAACCUAAAACACAACCUGAUGAUAUAGAAAAGAAAAAACAAACUUCAGAUAUCCAUUCUCAAAAUUCGGCAAAAACCGAUACUAAAGCGUCAGAAGUUGAGCCAGAUGAAUUUAAAACUAGCUCAUUGGAUGAUUCAAUAACUGAGAGUCGAUUGGUAAUUGAUGAAGGUGAAUCGCCAAUUAAAACAAAUGCAAAGGAUGAGAAAAAUUCGCUAGUUGAUGAUACGGAAAGCUUUUCUGAGCCGAGAAUAAUGCGUACUCGGAGAAACAAAAAUGUCGUUAAAGAAGGUACACCCUCACCCGAGCCUAAACCUCAAGAAAAUCCAAAAAAAGAAGCUAAUGAUGUCGAAGAAGAACUAAAGGAGAUCGAAAAAAAGGAAAUAAAACCACGUCGAAUAAGCACGCGGCGUUCAACAAUAAUUAUGAAGGAACUUGCUGAAAAAAUCGAAACCAAAAAGGAGGAAACCCCCUCUGAAACCGAGGAACGUCCUAGGUCAGCUUCGGACAUUUUUUCACCCACAACAGACAACUCCGUGGUUUCAACUCAAAAUAUUAUCAGUGGCAAAAGAAGGACGAGGGCUUCGAUAAAUUUCAACGAAAAAGGUAUUAAAAAAACGUCAACACCCAAAGCAACAACAUCAAUUCCUAGUGCUUCUCCAACAACCCAAACAACUCCAAAAACACGGGCUACUAAAGCAACAGAAGCAAAGCAAUCAGCUGCAGCAAGAAAGAGAAAUUCGAUUUCAGUCGAGCAACGAAAAGAUGACGAGGAGAAGAAAAAUUCAGAAGAUGGACAGAUAUGCGCAGUAAGCAGCACGACCGAAGGGCCUCACACAGAGCCUGCAAUUAUAAGUGACACCAUUACAUCCCCAGAAGAACCUAGCAGCUCAAAUACUACUGAUCAAACUACAACACCACCAGCAAUUGUCGAUGCUGACAACAAAAAAAAACACGACUUUUUAGAGGGAUUCCUCAUGAGUAUGGCUGAUCCCACUGCAAACAAAGAUCGCAUCUUAGACAUGUUAAAGUCUGUGCUCGAUGAAACAAAACUGCAGCAAGUCAAGGAUAUAUUAUACAGCCCUGUAAAGAGCGAAGAGAAGAAUACAUCUGGUGAGAAAGACGAAGAAGAAGAAGAGGAACACCAAGAGCAGAGCAAACCUCGAGCAACAAGAACGAAAAAGAAUGAACUGGAUCGCCUCAAUGAAGACAUACGAGAUAUGUUUAUAUGUCAGGGCGUUGUUACUGCCACAGGUAGACGGAUGUGUACUAUUGCCAAAGCUACAACAAAGAAGACAUCUGUUCAGCCUAAAAAGAAAAAAGUCGUCCCUUCAAAAUCAAAUAAGUCACAAAUCACAAGCCCCCAGCCAGCAUCUCAAGCAACUAAGCGCCCCAUGCGUAAGGCUAAAGUAAUAAUAAGUCCAUUGAAUAUCAGAGCGUUAAGAAGUCGAAACCUGAAACAAAAUCGUUCGCCAAAAAUGCCCGUACUCGAACCGAAUACUCCCAUUAAGGACGACAAAAGCCAAGAAAGCGAUAAAGAAAUUGAAGAAACUUCUCCAAAAAAGAAAACGACUAAAAAUAAAACAGUUGUCGCUAAAGUAUUAAACAAAAAUUUAAAGACUAAACCUGGUCCGAAGUCCAAACGCGUCCCAUCUGACAACUCGGAUUCUUCAGACGAUGAUAUUGAGUUGGUCUUUCUGAAGGACAAGAUUAAACGUAUGGAUGGCAGUAAAAAUGAAGAAGAGAAAAAUAAGGAGCUUAAGACUGAGAAAACUGUAGCGAAAACACCAGAAAAGGAAGAAAUACAAAUUGAUAGCACUAAAAAAGAACCUAAAACUGAUAUUAAAAAUAACCUGGAAACCGAAGUUUCAAAUGAGAGCACUGUAGCUGCUGUUAUUGUUGUAGCAAGUGAAGAUAAGCCAAAAGAAGAAGAAACUUUGCCCAAAAACACUAACCCAGAGUUUCAUACAAAAUCUGAAUAUUCGAAUUGUUGUGUCAUUUGCAAAGAGAAAAAUCGUUACAUAGCCCCGCAUUAUCGCAUCGCCCACAAUGACUCUGAAGUGUACACAUCACGACUACCACCAGAUGUAUUGGAAGACGUCAAGCUUAAUAUAAAUAACAGUGCACUUUUUUCAUUGCCCAAAAAACCCCAGGCAGUUUUUAACUAUACUUGCCCGUUUUGUGACUUUCAAUCAACACAUACACUGCGAGGAUGGAUGGAGCACUUUACCAUUCACACUGGAGAGUAUGGACACAAGUGUUCGAAAUGCUUUAAGGCAAUGAACGGCAGCACCCACAUGAUGGAGCACAUUAAAAAGUUUUGUCCAGAUGCAAAGAAGAUUAAUAGAGAUCCAAUAAAUUUGCGGGGCAAUGGGAUAUUUGGUUAUGUCUGUCACUUGUGUAACUUCACUCAGAUGUUGCGAGGAGGUGUAGUCCAGCAUUUGAAAGUUCACCAUGAUCUAGAUGAUGCCGAAUCAAUAAAGAAGAUUAUAGAAGUCAAAUUAAUCGACACGGCUUCUUGUGCGAAAAAAGAACUAACUGACGUUUCUUCUACUUCUUUAACUGAUACAACCACUUUAGAUAGCUCUACUGUGGUGGAAAAUAAGCCAAGUGAUUCUAACAUGACUGUGACUGUUUCAAAUAAGGAACCCGUCGAAGAAGAUGAUGUCAUAGUGUUGUCAGGUUCGAGUACAAAUACAAAUUCAGAGGAGUCCGUUGACAAGAAGAAAACAGACGACGAUGAGGAAGAUAAAUCCAGAAAAGAAAAAGAAUCAAGCAUGUCCACCGAUUCAAAUAUGGAAGUAUUUGUUCCCUCGGAUCUGGAUCCCCCAGUUAUUGUAGACCUAACCGAGCAAUCGCAAGUUAUAACAGACGAGUCGGAAUCGGGUAUCAAAAGUGUUUCCACUCUCACAUUUAAGCCAACUGCAUCAGAAAAUAAGAAUAAAGCCAAACAAAGGAAUAUCGAAGUAAAUAUCGAAGUAUUUAUUCCUCGUGAAAGGUUAGCAUCUCCAACUUCUAUGACUUUAAGUGAGCGAUGGAAAUCAAUGGAAAUGGAAAAAGACGAUGAAAUCGCAUCUGAUUCAGUUGUUAGUAAAACUAAGCCAGCAGCCAAGAAAAUGACGAUUGCCGAAAAAUUAAGCCAAAGGUUCAAAAAUAUUGAAAAACAGAAUAGUGCAGAAGGGAAAGGGGAUGUAAUAACAGACAAGAAUAUUAAUCAAACAAUAGAGAAAGAAAGUAAUGAAGUUUCCUGUUCUAUUGCAUCGACUCAUCCUGAAGAAGAAAUGCGAGUAACUCCUUCGACGAGUGAAAAAGAAGCAACUCCAUUGGAGGCAUCUAAUUCACCAGCGCCAUCGCAGCCUUUAUAUGAAUCUGGUAAUUUGAUCAUGGAUGAACAAGUGGCAAAACAAUCUUCAAAUAGAGGAGAUGAUUAUUGUUCAGAAAGCGAUGAUUGCAAUGAGAUUGAAGAAGACGAUAACGAAAAUUGGGAAGACAUUGAAAUAACAGAAACUACAAAGAGUGCAUCGCAGAAGGAAAAAAAUAAAAACAAAUCCAUUUUCCAAACUCUAAGUCGGCUCUAUGCAUCGAUAGCACCUAAAAGAACUUCAAAAAAGAUGAAAGAGAAAGAAAAAGAGAAAAAGAAGGUGGCAAAUGAAGCCUUGGAGAGAUCGGAAAAAAAUACAGAAAAAACAGCAAUUCCAAAAACAAAUUCAAUUAAAGCCUUGGCCAAUGAAAGUGUCGGAGAUUCCCUUCUUCUGCCUGCAUCAUCAAAGCCAACACAGCCGCCAAUACAAUCAGAACCACAAGCACGAUUCCCAAACUUGUCGGAAUUUCUUCCAGAUUCACCUGGUGAUUCAUUGGAUAUGCUUUUGUCGGCGAAUUUUAACUGCCUGGAAGGAGACGGCAGCAGCUUUCCUCAACUAGAUUUGAAUGAUUUGGACUCGUCGAUAUUUCCCCUACCCGAAGAGCAAGAAAAUAUUCAAGAUGCCAUUGAAAUGGCCACUGACAUGGAACAUAACAAAUAUGACGUUCUGGGCAAUCCGAUUUCAUUGAGCUCAAAGACUCAACAACAACAAAUUUCAUUUUUACCUCCAACAACAACGAGUAUACAUAGAAUUGGAAACUUUGGCUUUUCUCUCAAUGGGAAUUCGUUGAAGUAUUAUUGCAUGGUAAAGUCGUGUGCAUUUCUUUUCUCCGAUCAUCCCGACGGACUCCAGAAUCACUUUCUGCUCGAACAUACCACACUCAAAUGGAACGGCUACUGUGAUACGUGCAAAAUGCAAGUUGGUUUCGGUGAUCAUUGCCGUGAAAUGCAGCACAUGUUGGAUGUACAUUCAAGAAUAAGAACUGAAGAUUCUGGAGAUAAGCCAAGAAUUAAAUUUCGCAGACUUACAGGGGAUAUUCUUUCCACUGACAAACAGAAUGAAGCUCCGUUUUCACCAUUUAAAAAUGUGUCGUCCAAUGUCUCACCCUUCCACGACGAGUCACCUCAGUUUGAUGCAUCACCAAGCAUGAUUUCAUCUCAACAAGGUGUGACCCAAAAUGCAACAUCCCACAAUAUAUUACCAGCUCAAACUCCCGAAUUGAGUUUAUCAUCGAUGUUGCAGAGUGAGCCAAGAGCGAUGAUACCUCCAAAAGCCCCACCACAGCUCGAUAUGGAUAUACCAUUGUUCAAAAAUGUAAGCAAGGAAUUCACUAUCACUAACGUAGCCGAAGGAGUGACUGAUAGCGAUCUAUUGAAUUUGGUGUUUAAGCAAGCAGACUCAGCUCCAGGAGGAAUUCAAAUAAGUCAGGUGAUAAGUCUUAAUGCUGGCGGAAAAUCUGUGUCGCCUUUAACCUUGCCGCAAAUAUCCGACCGCAAUGAACGACGAAACUCUCCUGCGUUCAAAGAAAUAAGAGAAACAGAAAAGCAGUCACCGAGAGCGUCUCCGAAUUCCAUUCCAAUGAACUCAACCACGAUGAUACAUCGGAACUCUCCAUUGUUGAAAAAUCCAGUUGUAAAACAAGCAUCCUUUGUGUGUUGUGUAAAUAAAUGCAACUUUACCGCCAAUAUGCGAACGGCGAUGAAUGAACAUAUUUUGUCUCACCUUCGAUACGACAACAAUCGAGAUGCCCUCAGGUGUAAUCUCUGCAGUUUCAUCGGACAAGACACAAACCACUAUUUCAAUCACAUGACACAGGUGCAUUUAAGACGCGAUGUAGUUGCUACAUCAUGUGCGUCGACAGUUGAGUUGACACAAAAAAUUCAAGACAUUCUUCGGACCACUUCAAAAACGAACCAACCAAAUGAGUCAUUGCCACCGGCAGCGGCGUCAGUGUCUGUAAGGGAAAUGGAAAAGGAUCCGGCAAAGGCUACAGUGCCUGUGAGGGCACCCGUACCAUUAAAAGUUCCGGUACGGUUGGAAGAAAAAACCACAACCAGCGAUAAUAGUUUGCCAUUCUCAAAGAGACUUAGAAAAACCGCAGAGGAAAUUGUAGCCCCUACUGGUUUACCAGAAGAACUGAUCUGGAGAUGCAUUUUCUAUCCCGAUUGCAAAUGUACGACCACAGAGAAAGAUUUCCAAACACAUCUGUCAACCCAUACGAGUAUUGUGCCGACAUCCUUUCCAUGUGUGUCUCCCGGUAGCUCCUUGCAUUGUCCACAUUGUCCAGUUAAUUACUAUCGCGCAGCUGUGCUGAAAGCCCACAUGAAAACCCAUGCCCGCCAUCAAUAUUUUUGCAAUGCAUGCAGCUGUAUGACAUUCAGUAGUUUCCAACAAGUUCAAAAGCAUUUUACCGAAACCCAUUCGCUAUCCGGUGUUCCACGGACACGAAGUUUGAUUCCAGACGAAAAAUCAAAUAAUCCUGUAUUAUUACUAGCCAGCGAAACGGAGCUCUCUUCUAACGAAUUGAUUCAGUUUGGGGAAAAGCUUAUGGGCGAUUGGGAACGCAGAAAAGCCUUGAACAAAACACACUUCAAGCCGAACGAGCAAAAUCUUUUGCCAAUUCAGCCGAUUUUCAACAAUCAAGUUUACUGCUCGGUUUGCAACUACAAGACCAAGGUGAGGACCAAUAUGUUCCGACACUUGCAGUUGCACAAUCAGGACGUUGAUGUGGGAAGUGUAGAUCCAGUCAAUCCGGUUCCUUGCCUUGAGAAGAACGAAAAGCACUUCGACAAAAUGCUCAAUCUGGCUUGUAGUUCGAACACUCUCGGCAGUGCUGUGAAGCCUAAAGAAAGUGUUAAAAUUCCAGCAUUUGUGCCCGAUAUGAGAAGAUAUGUUUGUGGCCACCCCGGUUGUAAAUACCUUACAAUCACCGAUCAAAUGUUUCGCUCACAUCUCAACGCCCUCCAUGGCCAAGAAAAGGGUUACCUGUGUCCACAUUGUCAAGAGGAAAUCUGCAAGAAGAACAUGUGCGCUGAACGAGUCGUACAGCAUCUCAAGUUUCACGGCAACAAAAUAUACCAGUGCAGCGAGUGCGAUUAUUUUCACUACACUAAGCAUGUGGUCGAACGGCACGUCAAUGAGAAACAUUCUAGUGUAUCUCUUGUCAAUCUGAUAACCUUUGACCGUAGUGAGAAUGAAACCAAGAAGUCUACUCAGCCAAUUGCGGGGAAGAAUGUCUCCUCAAGUCAUUCUACAUCCAUCGAAUGUGAUACUCCUGCUGAAUCUCCAGCAACAACGAGCACACCUCCGAACACUAAAAUGAAAUGGGAAUGCGCACUGUGCAAACAUCAGACAGCCACUUGGAACCAGAUGAUUUCGCAUGCAAAUUCAAUGCACAGUGCGAAACAUCAAUACCACUGCGUCCAUUGUUCAUUUGGUUCGGCGCAUUUGGCUCAUAUUAUGGACCAUAUCGACAACAAGCACCCUUCGAAAAUUCGCGAAGCAAAGUACGUAUUUUAUAAGAUCAAUGAGACUCCCCAAGAUAAAGCAGCUGAUACUCGGCCAUUAUGGUCGCGAAACGAUCCUAAACGAGUACGAAGUAUACGAGGAAUUCUCAUGGAGAACGAAGAAGAUGCCGAGCGAACCAAGAAGAGCCUAAGUCGGGCAGGAGUAGAUUUAGAUGAUGAAGAUGAAGAAGUAAUUGCUCCAGUAUCUGAUUCGGAUGCCUCCGUGAUCCCUGGUGGAUUAGCCUGCUUCCAUUGUAACUAUACAAGUUUGGAAAUUAGUUCCCUGAAUCAGCAUUGGAAGUCAGUUCAUUGGCAUGAAAAGAACAGUGAAAUGGUACCCAGAUUACCAUUUUUCUUCCGUAUUCAUACUGUCCUAAAAUGUCCCCUUUGUCCACAUGUAGGCGAUCAAAUCACCCUGAAGAUUCAUUUGAUCAAUGUUCACGGGCAGCGUAAUUUCUGCGCCGCAGAUCCAAAUGUACCUAAUACAUGCGGCCAUUGCCCCUUUGUGUACCCAACGAAAAGACUUGACGUGCUGACUAAUCAUUACCUGCGCGAACAUAAGCCAACGGAUGCUAAAAACCUCUCAUCGGGUUUGCUAAGAAACUUAUUGGCGUUGGGCGAGUGUCAGGUCUACAUGCAGUGCUAUUUCUGUGCCGAGAUCUGUGCCGAUAAGACCUCCAUCAUUGAACAUGAAAGAGAACGUCAUAAGAAUUCUAACUUGCGAUACAAGCAAAUCAAGGAUGAAGUAAUCUACCGAUGCGGAAUGUGCCAAUACUCGUCGACUAAUGAACUGGCAACUCUGAGACACAUGAUUGAUCACUUUGCAGGUUUUAAUGUUUGCCAUUUCUGCAAGUCUGUCCAAAGCAGCUUCAAUUCGUACAUGCAACAUUGCUAUACCUUCCAUAUUAAAUCUCUGACCAGCUUUAAGGAGAUAUAUAGCUUUGAAAAAAUUGCUACGUUUUUGGGUCAGAUGUUGCUGAUAUUUCCAAAUGGUCUAAUUGCGGCCAAAGCCAAUCUUCUCAAUACGCAAUAUGGGAAUACGGAGCGAGUCCGGGCGAUGUACGACGAAAUCUGCAAAAAGGCCCUCGAACCACCAAUUCCACCCCUUUGCAUGGGCCGAUUGCUGGCCAAGAAAUCAAUGGAAGCUUCAACUCUACUGCCUCCCCCGCCAGUGACAGUCACUGCAAAGCGAAUCGCCAAAAGAAGAAGUACCGUUGCUAUGGGUGGAUGUGAAGAGAGAGGAAUGUUUAGUAACUUUUUGGUACCAUCCGAACCGCAGAAGAUCAAGAAGAGAAAAUCAUCGAUAUGUGGAGAUUUCCAACAACCAACUGCACCCCUUUUCAGUACAAUCACUACAAAUUCAAAUAAUAACAUCGACCAUCCGGCAGGACCUGGUGAUGUUGUUGUUUCGAAAACUAGUGAACCCCAAGGAUUCUCAUUUUACGGACAGAAACCCGAUCCAAUUGAUCUAUCAAGAAUCUAUACACACAUCGCAAUUGGAGACAAAUACGCUCCGGUCUCGGUGAAAAAGUUUUCACUUCUUUUUAAAAUUAACACCAAAGUUGUAGUGGAAGCAAUGGACUUCCGAAACUACCAUAAUAAUAAAAGGCCAGCGUCCUUUAGUAGGCCUUGUCCUGCGAGUAAAAAGAAAAAGUUUGUGUAAAGUGAGAAAGUUAUGUAAUUUGUACUUAAAGUUGGUUUGUAGUUUAGAGACUCAGUUGGAUAGUUGGGUCUGUUUUUUUUUUAAAUCAUAUAUUCCUACUGUUUCUUCGAUUUAUUAUUUUUUAAUUAUUAUUAGUUGUUAAUGAAUUAUGAACCAAAUGUAAAUAAAUAAAAAUACAUUUUCAAACACUUGAAAGUAAAAAAGUAAA